AUGCCAUUCAACCAUGAGAAUGGCGUCUCAGACAUUUCAUCUCAUCUUGAAGAGCUAAGCUGGACCAUCACACACAAUGCCAGCGUUUUGAGCCAGCACCUUAAGGCAAAUAAUCUUCCGCAGCCUUCCUUCAACAGUGAUAGCCCUAGUGUUGUCAUCCCCAGAGACUCUCCACAAAGGGUCAUCAAAGCUCAGCAAGACCUCAUUGCAGCUGCUCUUGAGGUUUCUCAGUUGGCCAUUGGACCUAGCGAGUUCUUGCCCAACCUAGCUCUAGGUUUCCAAUAUAUCUCUUGCAUCACAUGGCUCUGCCAGUACGACAUUUUUCAUCUCGUACCCUUAAACGGCACGAUUAGCUAUGUAGACCUGGCUGCAGCAGCUCGUGUCCCUGAGCAACGCAUCAAGAGCAUGGUCCGCAUGGCCAUGACCAAUACCUUAUUCCGAGAGCAGCCUGACGGCAACAGAGUCGGUCACUCCGCAACAUCUGCGCUGCUAGCACGAGAUCCUGAUGUCUAUACAUACGCUACCUACAUGUGUACGAAGUCGGCGCCAAUGGCUAUGCACCUGGCUGAAGCGCACCGGCGCUGGGGCGCCGAUACCAUGCGCACUUAUGAAACCGCAUACAAUGCAGCUUUUGAAACGGACCUUCCUUUCUUCGAUCAUCUUAGCAGGGACAAGGCACGCAUGAGAGAGUUUGCAGCGUAUAUGCGACAUGUUCGGAGUAGCGAUGCUGUGGAUCUCAAACACCUAGUAUCUGGCUUCGCGUGGCAAAGCAUGCAAGACGGCGGACUAGUCGUAGACGUGGGUGGAUCUACUGGCAGUGCAGCCAUAGCCCUCGCCCAAGCGUUUCCCCAUCUUUCAUUCAUAGUGCAGGACCUACCUGCCAAUGCAGAAAGCGGACAGAAAGCUGUAUCAGAGUCGCUACCAGAUGAAAUUAAGUCCCGUGUUACGUUUCAGAGCCACGACUUCACCCAACCGCAACCUGUGCGAGGCGCAAACAUUUAUCUCCUUAGAAUGAUUCUACACGACUGGCCGGACAAUGAAGCAAUCACUAUUAUCAGGAAUAUUGUGGCAGCAAUGGAUCCGGCAGUCUCUCGGUUGCUCAUCAUGGAUACAGUGCUACCGAAGCCAGGAUCUGUGCCGGUUUCGGUGGAGCGUAUCGCGAGAGCUAGAGACCUAACUAUGCUCCAAGCCUUCAAUAGUAAGGAGCGGCACUUGGACGAUUGGAAAGAGCUGCUUGAGGCCACAGAAUCUGGUGUGGAGUUGGUGAGUGUCACUCAACCAUUUGGAAGUGCUAUGUCAGUUAUGGAAGUAAGGAUUAAGCAUAAGCUUCGCAAAGCGUGA